AUGAUGAUGGUAAGUGUCGAUGUGGAGAAAUUGAGGGAAGUAUCGAUAUUGAUGGUAAGUGUCGAUGUGGAGAAAUUGAGGGAAGUAUCGAUAUUGAUGGUAAGUGUCGAUGUGGAGACAUCGAGGAAGGUUUUGACGUUGAUAGUAAAUCUCGAGGUAUCGAGAGAAAGUUUGAUGGUGAUGAUAAGUGUCAAUGUGAAGAUGUCCAGGGAAGGUUUGAAUUUGGAUGUGGAGAUAUCAAGGGAAGCUUCGAUGAUGAUGUUAAGUGUCAAUGUGAAGACAUUAAGGGAAGCUUUGAUGGUGAUGGUAAAUAUGGAUGGGGAGACAUCGGGGAAAUGUUCGAUGGUAAUGGUAAAUAUUGAUGUGGGGGUAUCAAGGGGUAUUUCGAUUGUGAUGGUAAUUCUAGGUUGGGUAUUGAGGGAAACUUUAAUGGUGAUGGUAAAUAUCAAUGUGGAGGUAUACAUAGGUGUUUUGAUUGUAAUGAUAAUUCUACAUUGGGCAUCGAGGGAAACAUCUAUGACAAUAUUAAAUACCAAUGUGGAGGUAUUGAGGGAUGUUCCGAUUGUGAUGGUAAAUAUGAAUUAG